GUGUCUAAUCGACUUGGGUGAGCGCGGCUGGUAGGAACCGUGAGUCUACCCCCUCGUUCCCGGCGGUCUCCGCGGCCUCUUCUCGCGCCAAUCGCCGCCGAUAAAAGACAUGUGCCGCGUGCUCGUUCGCAGCCUCUGGUUUUGGGGCGUCCUUCUACGCCCCACCCGCGCCCUGGCGGCUGGCUGUCGUGAUGAUGGAUCCGGUCACGAGCGGCCGGUUCACCGACCAGGACCAGCAGCUGCCUCAGGGGCAGGGCGGCGCUCGUUCGGCGAGUGCGUACUCCAGAUCUACAAUCACACUCAAACACCCGAGGAACGUUCCUCGGGUUACCCGAGGCGGGGUCAUGACGCCGGCGUUCCUCGUGACGGCCCCUUCAAGUACAACUUCCGGAACUGGACGCCCAAGCCCGUGCAAAAAGACGAGCUCUUCUCUGUCGUGCAGACUAAUCCUCCGCCGUGUUCACUGGCAGCGCACUGCGAUUGGGUUGUCGGCUCGCGCUAUGAGCAUUGGGGACGACUGCCCGGCUUCACCGUCUGGGGCGACCCGUACACCGUGCCUGGAACCAUAUUCGUGAACACGGACGAGCUUGAGACCUUCUCAGAGUCGCUGCUGCAUUGCAUCCCGCGGCGCCAUGGCGUGGUGCUCAUCACGGGCGACCACGACAAGACGACGCCGUUGCAGACGGACGUUCGUUACCCGCGCGUGCUCAGGUCGAGCACCUGGGCGAACUGGCUCAAAGAUGAGCGCAUUUUGCACAUUUACGUCGAGCAUCUCGAUGCUGCAGUGGCGAGCAGCAAGGUCAGUCCCAUCCCGACCGGGAUGAAUCCUCGCGAUGCUGGGGGCAUGUCACUGGCGUCCGCGCCGCGAAAAGUGCGAAUCCAAUCACUGCCGCUCCGGGUGGUGGAAAUCGGGCGGCAGCGAGGCGGGCGGCAGUUCCACGAACGACAGUUUGUCAGAGACUUGUGCAACAGUUGGCGUUGGUGCGACGUGGCCAACACGACUAACGAGGGCUUCAGUGCAGUUGUGCAAAAGUAUCCAUUCCUGCUCUGCGUUCAUGGUGGCGGGAUCGACCCAAAUCCCAAGCUCUUCUCAGCCAUCCUUUCCGGCGCCAUCCCGAUCAUGCGCGAUUUUCCGGGUGCCACCAUGUACGACGGCUGGCCAGUGGUGCGCGUGAGCAACUGGACCGACAUCAACACAAGCAUGCUCGCACAGUGGCGCAAGCUCCACGCGCCCGCGUUCGAGGACGAGUGGUUGCGCAAUCAGACCCUCGAACGGCUCACGAUGCGUCACUGGUGGUCCAAGAUUCACCCACCCCCCGGACCUCGACGCCACCAAUCGAUUUGAGCCGGCCAAGGCGGCCGCGAUGCUAUUCCUAUGUACUGUACUGUAACGCGAUACUGUAUAGC